GCAUGCAAUAAUGGAAGUAGUUCUGUCAUAUCUAAAGAUGGAGAGCUCUACAUGUUUGGGAAAGAUGCCAUUUAUUCUGACAGUUCAAGUUUGGUAACUGAUUGAAGGGCCAUUUUGUAACUCAGGUAGCCAUGGGAAAGGCUCAUACUUGUGUCUUAAUGAAGAAUGGGGAAGUUUGGACAUUUGGUGUAAAUAACAAAGGGCAGUGUGGACGAGACACAGGCUCCAUGAACCAAGGAGGGAAAGGUUUUGGCAUUGAAAAUAUGGCAACAGCAAUGGAUGAAGACUUGGAAGAAGAACUGGAUGAAAAAGAUGAGAAAUCCAUGAUGUGUCCUCCAGGAAUGCAUAAAUGGAAACUUGAGCAGUGCAUGGUUUGUACUGUCUGUGGAGACUGUACAGGUUAUGGAGCCAGUUGUGUCAGUAGUGGGCGUCCAGACAGAGUCCCUGGAGGGAUCUGUGGCUGUGGUUCUGGGGAAUCUGGCUGUGCUGUAUGUGGUUGUUGUAAAGCCUGUGCAAGAGAAUUGGAUGGUCAGGAGGCAAGACAAAGAGGAAUUCUUGAUGCUGUGAAAGAAAUGAUACCUUUAGAUCUCUUAUUAGCUGUCCCUGUACCUGGAGUUAAUAUUGAAGAACACCUUCAGUUGCGGCAAGAAGAAAAACGACAGCGUGUAAACAGGAGGCAUAGACUGGAGGAAGGCAGAGGCCCCCUUGUAUUUCCUGGUCCUAUUUUUAUGAACCAUCGAGAACAGGCUCUAGCCAGACUCAGACCCCAUCCAGCACAACUAAAGCAUAAACGGGACAAGCACAAAGAUGGAAGUGGAGAAAGAGGAGAGAAGGAUGCAAGCAAAAUCACAACAUAUCCUCCAGGCUCUGUCCGUUUUGAUUGUGAGCUGCGGGCAGUACAAGUCAGCUGUGGAUUUCAUCAUUCAGUGGUUUUGAUGGAAAAUGGUGAUGUUUAUACAUUUGGAUAUGGGCAGCAUGGCCAGCUGGGACAUGGAGAUGUUAAUUCCAGGGGAUGUCCUACUCUAGUACAAGCUUUGCCAGGGCCUAGUACACAAGUCACUGCAGGCAGUAACCAUACAGCAAUACUUUUAAUGGAUGGACAAGUCUUCACAUUUGGAAGUUUCUCUAAAGGACAACUUGGCAGACCAAUUUUGGAUAUGCCUUACUGGAAUGCAAAACCUGCUUCCAUGCCCAAUAUUGGAUCAAAAUAUGGACGCAAGGCUACUUGGAUUGGAGCAAGCGGGGACCAAACUUUCUUGCGCAUUGAUGAAGCACUUAUAAACUCCCAUGUACUUGCUACGUCAGAGAUUUUUGCCAGCAGACACAUAAUAGGCUUAAUACCUGCUUCUAUAUCAGAACCUCCUCCAUUUAAAUGUCUCCUGAUAAAUAAAGUGGAUGGAAGUUGUAAGACAUUUAAUGAUUCUGAGCAGGAGGAUCUGCAAGGGUUUGGUGUAUGUCUUGAUCCUGUUUAUGAUGUUAUUUGGAGAUUUCGACCAAAUGCUAGAGAAUUGUGGUGCUACAAUGCUGUAGUUGCUGACUCCAGGCUUCUUCCUUCUGCACCAGACAUGCAGUCAAGAUGUAGUAUACUGAGCCCUGAACUUGCUUUGCCCACAGGAUCAAGAGCUCUUACAACUAGGUCUCAUGCGGCUUUGCACAUCCUUGGUUGCCUUGAUACAUUGGCAGCCAUGCAAGAUUUAAAAAUGGGUGUAGCAAGUAUAGAGGAAGAGACUCAAGCAGUAAUGAAAGUUUAUUCCAAGGAAGAUUACAGUGUGGUGAACAGGUUUGAAAGUCAUGGAGGAGGCUGGGGUUACUCUGCUCAUUCAGUUGAAGCAAUUCGUUUCAGUGCUGACACUGAUAUUUUACUUGGUGGUCUUGGUCUUUUUGGAGGUAGAGGAGAAUAUACUGCUAAAAUAAAGUUAUUUGAAUUGGGUCCAGAUGGAGGAGAUCAUGAAACUGAUGGUGACCUUCUUGCAGAGACUGAUGUCUUGGCAUAUGACUGUGCUGCUAGAGAAAAAUAUGCCAUGAUGUUUGAUGAACCAGUUCUUCUGCAAGCUGGCUGGUGGUAUGUUGCAUGGGCUCGCGUGUCAGGACCUAGCAGUGACUGUGGAUCUCAUGGACAGGCCUCUAUUACCACAGAUGAUGGAGUUCUUUUCCAAUUUAAGAGUUCAAAGAAAUCAAACAAUGGUACAGAUGUUAAUGCAGGACAGAUACCUCAGUUAUUAUACAGGCUCCCAACCAGCGAUGGUAGUGCUUCAAAAGGUAAACAGCAAACCACUGAACCUGUGCACAUUUUAAAGCGAUCUUUUGCAAGAACAGUCUCCACGGAAUGCUUUGAGUCAUUGUUGAGCAUCCUUCAUUGGAGUUGGACCACUUUAGUUUUAGGAGUAGAAGAACUUCGGGGAUUAAAAGGAUUCCAGUAUACUGCUACACUUCUUGAUUUAGAGAGAUUGCGUUUUGUGGGUACUUGUUGUCUAAGGCUGUUACGUGUCUAUACCUGUGAGAUUUACCCUAUGUCAGCUACUGCUAAAGCAGUUGUAGAAGAAACAAGUAAAUUAGCAGAAUGUAUUGGGAAAACCCGAACUUUACUACGAAAAAUUUUAUCUGAAGGAGUUGAUCACUGCAUGGUCAAGUUGGAUAAUGAUCCCCAAGGGUAUCUCAGUCAGCCGUUGAGUCUUCUGGAGGCUGUCCUUCAGGAGUGUCAUAAUACCUUCACAGCCUGCUUUCAUUCUUUCUACCCAACCCCUGCCCUGCAGUGGGCUUGCCUUUGUGAUCUCCUAAAUUGUUUGGAUCAGGAUAUCCAAGAAGCAAAUUUCAAGACAUCAAGUAGCCGACUGCUUGCAGCUGUUAUGUCAGCCUUAUGUCACACAUCUGUCAAGUUGACCUCUAUCUUUCCCAUUGCCUAUGAUGGAGAAGUAUUACUUAGAUCCAUUGUUAAACAAGUCAGCACUGAAAACGACUCUGCCCUGGCUCACCGAUUUCCUCUGUUGGUAGCACACAUGGAAAAACUCAGUCAGAGUGAGGAGAAUAUCUCUGGAAUGACAAGCUUUCGUGAAGUUCUGGAGAAGAUGUUAGUUAUUGUUGUGUUACCAGUCAGAAAUAGCCUAAGACGAGAAAAUGAACUCUUCUCCUCCCAUCUAGUGUCUAAUACUUGCGGAUUACUUGCUAGUAUUGUGAGUGAACUUACAGCAUCAGCUCUUGGAUCUGAGGUCGAUGGACUUAACUCUCUGCAUUCUGUCAAAUCCAGUGCUAACCGAUUUACUAAAACAAGUCAGGGAAGAAGUUGGAAUACUGGAAAUGGUUCUCCUGAUGCAAUCUGUUUUUCUGUAGACAAACCUGGUAUAGUUGUGGUUGGCUUUUCUGUCUAUGGAGGAGGAGGAAUUCAUGAAUAUGAAUUAGAGGUCUUAGUUGAUGAUAGUGAGCAUGCAGGAGAUUCAACUCAUUCACAUAGAUGGACAUCCUUGGAAUUGGUCAAAGGAACCUAUACAACUGAUGAUUCCCCUAGUGACAUAGCUGAAAUCAGACUUGAUAAAGUUGUUCCUUUAAAAGAAAAUGUGAAAUAUGCUGUUCGAUUAAGGAAUUAUGGAAGCCGUACAGCCAAUGGAGAUGGAGGAAUGACCACAGUCCAAUGUCCUGAUGGUGUAACAUUUACAUUCAGUACAUGUAGUUUAAGUAGUAAUGGCACAAACCAAACAAGAGGACAAAUUCCACAAAUCCUUUACUAUAGGAGUGAAUAUGAUGGAGAUUUGCAGUCCCAACUUUUGAGUAAAGCUAAUGAAGAGGAUAAAAACUGUAGUAGAGCUCUCUCUGUUGUGAGUACUGUGGUUAGAGCAGCUAAAGACCUCCUGCACAGAGCCCUUGCUGUAGAUGCUGAUGACAUUCCAGAAUUGCUUAGUUCUUCCAGUCUGUUUUCCAUGCUGCUUCCUCUUAUAAUAGCCUACAUAGGACCAGUAGCUGCAGCUAUUCCCAAGGUGGCUGUAGAAGUCUUUGGCCUUGUCCAGCAAUUGCUCCCUUCUGUUGCCAUUUUAAAUCAGAAAUAUGCACCCCCUGCAUUCAAUCCUAACCAAUCAACAGAUAGCACAACAGGAAACCAGCCUGAACAAGGACUUUCAGCUUGUACUACCUCUAAUCACUAUGCUGUCAUAGAGAGUGAACAUCCCUAUAAACCCGCAUGUGUUAUGCACUAUAAGGUGACCUUUCCAGAGUGUGUAAGAUGGAUGACAAUCGAGUUUGAUCCUCAGUGUGGUACUGCACAAUCAGAAGAUGUUCUCCGUUUGUUGAUUCCUAUUAGAACUGCUCAGAACUCUGGUUUUGGACCAAAGGUGAAUUCUGUUCAUGAAAACCUCAAUUCAUGGAUAGAAUUAAAGAAAUUUUCAGGAUCUUCUGGAUGGCCAACUAUGGUUUUAGUCUUGCCAGGAAAUGAAGCCCUUUUUUCAUUAGAGACUGCAUCAGAUUAUGUAAAAGAUGACAAGGCUUCGUUUUAUGGUUUCAAGUGUUUUGCAAUUGGAUAUGAAUUUAGUCCUGGUUCUGAUGAGGGAAUUAUUCAGUUGGAAAAAGAAUUAGCUAAUCUUGGUGGGGUUUGUGCAGCAGCUUUAAUGAAAAAGGAUCUAGCACUUCCUAUUGCAGGUAAUGAAUUGGAGGAAGAUCUUGAAAUUCUUGAAGAGGCUGCUCUGCAGGUGUGCAAAACUCAUUCUGGCAUUCUUGGAAAAGGUUUAGCCCUUUCUCAUUCACCAACCAUACUGGAAGCUCUUGAAGGAAGCUUGCCACUUCAGAUUCAAAGCAAUGAACAGUCAUUUUUGGAAGAUUUCAUUGCCUGUGUUCCAGGAUCAAGUGGGGGACGACUUGCAAGGUGGCUUCAGCCAGAUUCUUAUGCUGAUCCUCAGAAAACAUCAUUGAUUCUCAAUAAAGAUGAUAUCCGUUGUGGUUGGCCUACUACAAUUACUGUUCAAACAAAGGAUCAGUAUGGUGAUGUGGUUCAUGUUCCUAAUAUGAAGGUGGAAGUGAAGGCUGUUCCUGUUUCUCAGAAAAAAACAUCUUUGCAACAAGAACAAGUGAAGAAGCUUCAAAGGAUUCCAGGCAGUCCUUCAGCACCAGCUACUUCCAUGAGCCCUGAUAUGACUUUUGGGGGGCUUGCAUCACCAAAACUUGAUGCUUCCUAUGAACCAAUGAUUGUAAAGGAAGCUCGUUAUAUUGCCAUUACUAUGAUGAAGGUUUAUGAAAACUAUUCUUUUGAAGAGUUGCGUUUUGCUUCACCAACACCUAAAAGACCAAGUGAAAAUAUGUUGAUCAGAGUCAACAAUGAUGGCACUUACUGUGCAAACUGGACUCCAGGAGCCAUUGGACUCUAUACUAUCCAUGUUACUAUUGACAGUAUUGAAAUAGAUGCAGGCUUGGAAGUGAAAGUGAAAGAUCCACCAAAAGGAAUGAUCCCACCUGGAACUCAGUUGAUCAAACCGAAGGCUGAACCUCAGCCAAAUAAGGUUCGAAAAUUUGUGGCCAAGGACAGUGCAGGGCUCCGUAUCCGUAGCCACCCUUCCCUUCAGAGUGAACAGAUAGGCAUAGUGAAAGUCAAUGGAACCAUCACUUUUAUUGAUGAGAUCCACAAUGAUGAUGGUGUGUGGCUGAGACUGAAUGAUGAGACAAUAAAGAAGUAUGUACCUAACAUGAAUGGUUACACUGAAGCCUGGUGCCUCUCUUUUAACCAGCAUCUUGGCAAGAGCCUUCUGGUCCCUGUUGACAAUAUCUUUAAUGCUAGCCAAGGAGUCAGGGAUUUGGACGUUUUUUCAUGGACUUCUAAAGCUUUUUUUCCCCAGGAAACUAAGUCUAAUACGGAGGACUUUUUCAAAGACCUGAAUUCCCGCUGCCCACAAGAAGCUGUAAUGCAAGAACCAGAUAUACCAUUCCUCCGAGGUGGGCCCGGAGUGUAUAAGGUAGUGAAGACGGGACCAUCAGGUCACAACAUCAGAAGCUGCCCCAACCUUAGAGGUAUCCCAAUUGGAAUGUUAGUACUGGGAAACAAAGUCAAGGCAGUGGGAGAGGUAACCAAUUCUGAAGGUACGUGGGUUCAGCUGGAUAAGAACAGCAUGGUAGAGUUCUGUGAGAGUGAUGAAGGAGAGGCAUGGUCCUUAGCUAGAGACAGAGGCGGAAAUCAGUACCUCCGACAUGAAGAUGAACAAGUUCUUCUGGAUCAGAAUUCUCAAACUCCUCCUCCAAGCCCCUUCUCAGUACAAGCUUUCAGUAAAGGGGCAGGUAACAAUGCCCAAGGAUUUGAUUAUGGACUUGGGAAUAACAAAGUUUUGACUGUUUUGCCCACUGCAGGUGACCAACUGAGUGCCAUACUGAAUUCCAUUCAGUCACGGCCCAGUCUCCCAGCUCCUUCCAUCUUUGAUCAAGCUGCAAAACCUCCCUCUUCCCUAGUCCACAGUCCAUUUGUGUUCGGACAGCCCCUUUCCUUCCAGCAGCCUCAGCUUCAGAAAACUCCAUCCCGCAACCUUGCUUCUCGUGAGCGCAUUUACAAAAAUAAUGGUGUAGCUGGUCCUGCUUCUGCUCUUUCAUCUCUGUCUCACAAACUAAAGGGUGACCGAGGAAAUUUCUCCAUAACCCCUAGACCAGCCUCUCCAGCAGGAAAAUCAGAUCUAUCCUCCAAACACAGAAUUGAAAGCCGGUCAUCUAAGCUUGAUGGACGUGUGAGCAGGACUGCUACAGAUCAAAAGAAACCAAGAGGCACAGAAGGCCUGUCUGCUAGUGAAUCCCUAAUGUUGAAAUCUGAUGCUGCAAAGCUGAGGUCAGAUUCUCAUAGCAGGUCCUUAUCUCCCAAUCAUAAUACCUUGCAAACACUAAAAUCUGAUGGGAGAAUCUCUUCUGGCCUUAGAGCUGAGUCUCCAGGGCCAGGAUCUCGAUCAUCUUCUCCUAAGCCAAAGACUCUCCCAUCAAGCAGGUCCAGUCCACCAGGUGCUAGUCCUCCACGCUCUUCUUCUCCACAUGACAAGAAUCUACCUCAGAAAGGCCCUGCUCCUACUAAGGCAAAGCUUGAUCCUCCUCGUGAACGAUCCAAAUCAGAUUCAUAUACACUGGAUCCAGAUACUCUCCGCAAGAAAAAGAUGCCCCUCACAGAACCAUUAAGAGGUCGAUCCACAUCACCUAAGCCAAAAAUAAUACCAAAAGAUUCUAAAGUUUCUCCUGGAACUGAAAAUAGAGCUCCUUCUCCACAUGUAGUGCAAGAAAAUCUUCACAGUGAGGUAGUUGAAGUCUGUACUUCCAGUACCUUAAAGACAAAUAGUAUAACAGACAGCACUUGCGAUGAGAGUACUGAAUUUAAGAGUGUGGAUGAGAGCUCCAAUAAAGUGCACUUCAGCAUAGGAAAAGCACCCAUGAAGGAUGAGCAGGAAAUGAGAGCUUCUCCAAAGGUAAGCCGAAAAUGUGCAAAUAGGCACACCAGGCCCAAAAAGGAAAAGUCAGGCUUCCUUUUCAAAGGAGAUGGAUCCAGACCUUUAGAGCCAGCUAAGCAAGCAAUGUCCCCUUCUGUCGCUGAAUGUGCCAGAGCUGUCUUUGCCUCUUUCCUUUGGCAUGAAGGUAUAGUCCAUGAUGCAAUGGCUUGUUCUUCUUUUCUGAAAUUUAAUCCAGAAUUGUCUAAAGAACAUGCUCCAAUAAGAAAUAGUUUGAAUAGUCAACAGCCUACAGAGGAAAAAGAAACAAAACUGAAAAAUAGGCACUCAUUGGAAAUAUCAUCUGCUCUUAAUAUGUUUAAUAUUUCACCUCAUGGACCAGAUAUAUCUAAAAUGGGCAGCAUCAACAAAAAUAAGGUCUUGUCAAUGCUUAAGGAACCACCUCUCCAUGAAAAAUGUGAGGAUGGAAAAACAGAAGCCACUUUUGAAAUGUCCACACACCACACAAUGAAAUCCAAAUCUCCUCUUCCUUUAACCUUGCAACAUUUGGUAGCCUUUUGGGAAGACAUCUCUUUGGCCACCAUCAAAGCCGCUUCCCAGAACAUGAUAUUUCCAAGUCCUGGCUCUUGUGCAGUACUUAAAAAGAAAGAAUCUGAUAAAGAUAAUAAAAAGACUAAGAAGGAAAAAAAGAAAAAAGAAAAGGCUGAAGCCAGGCCAAGGGGUAAUUUGUUCGGUGAGAUGGCCCAGCUUGCUGUGGGGGGACCAGAGAAAGAUACCAUCUGUGAGCUAUGUGGAGAAUCACAUCCCUAUCCAGUAACUUAUCACAUGAGGCAAGCUCAUCCAGGUUGUGGCCGAUAUGCAGGUGGACAAGGUUAUAAUAGCAUUGGACACUUUUGUGGAGGAUGGGCUGGUAACUGUGGUGAUGGUGGCAUAGGAGGAAGCACUUGGUAUCUGGUGUGUGAUCGUUGCAGGGAAAAAUACCUCCGUGAAAAGCAAGCAGCAGCAAAGGAGAAGGUAAAACAAUCUAGAAGAAAAACAAUGCAAGUUAAGACUCCUCGUGCCUUGCCCACCAUGGAGGCCCACCAGGUGAUUAAAGCAAAUGCACUCUUCCUGUUGUCCUUGAGUAGUGCUGCGGAGCCCAGUAUUCUGUGCUACCAUCCUACAAAACCAUUCCAGUCUCAGCUUCCAAGUGUGAAAGAAGGCAUCUCUGAGGACCUUCCCAUCAAAAUGCCUUGCCUCUACCUGCAGACAUUAGCUAGGCAUCAUCAUGAAAACUUUGUGGGAUAUCAGGAUGACAACCUCUUCCAAGAUGAAAUGAGGUAUCUACGUUCAACAUCUGUACCAGCACCAUACAUAUCAGUAACUCCUGAUGCAAGCCCUAAUGUGUUUGAGGAGCCAGAGAGUAAUAUGAAAUCCAUGCCACCAAGUUUAGAGACUAGUCCCAUAACAGAUACUGAUUUGGCAAAACGAACUGUCUUCCAAAGGUCGUAUUCAGUUGUUGCCUCAGAAUAUGACAAACAGCAUUCCAUUUUGCCUGCACGUGUUAAGGCCAUUCCUAGAAGAAGAGUUAACAGUGGAGAUACUGAAGUUGGUUCCUCUCUCUUAAGACAUCCUUCUCCUGAGCUUUCUCGACUAAUUUCAGCUCAUAGUUCUCUUUCCAAAGGAGAAAGAAAUUUUCAGUGGCCAGUUUUAGCUUUUGUUAUACAGCACCAUGAUCUGGAAGGUCUUGAAAUAGCAAUGAAACAGGCCUUACGGAAAUCUGCUUGCCGAGUUUUUGCUAUGGAGGCUUUCAACUGGCUUUUGUGUAAUGUCAUCCAAACAACUUCUCUCCAUGAUAUUCUCUGGCAUUUUGUGGCUUCACUGACCCCUGCUCCAGUGGAACCAGAGGAAGAAGAUGAUGAAGAAAAUAAAGCAAACAAGGAAAAUGCAGAACAAGAGAAAGAUACAAGAGUGUGUGAGCAUCCGCUUUCAGACAUAGUGAUUGCAGGAGAAGCUGCUCAUCCUUUGCCACACACGUUCCACCGCUUGCUUCAGACAAUCUCAGACCUUAUGAUGUCUCUCCCCAGUGGCAGCUCAUUGCAGCAAAUGGCACUCAGAUGCUGGAGUCUCAAAUUCAAACAAUCAGACCAUCAGUUCCUCCAUCAAAGCAAUGUUUUUCAUCAUAUUAACAAUAUUCUUUCUAAAUCGGAUGAUGGAGAUAGUGAAGAAAGUUUUAGCAUCAGUAUACAAUCUGGCUUUGAAGCUAUGAGUCAGGAAUCAUGCAUAGUAAUAUGUUUAAAAGACCUAACCAGCAUUGUUGACAUAAAAACAUCAAGCAGACCUGCCAUGAUUGGCAGUUUGACAGAUGGAUCAACAGAAACCUUUUGGGAGUCAGGAGAUGAAGAUAAAAACAAAACAAAGAAUAUCACAAUCAAUUGUGUAAAAGGAAUCAAUGCUCGUUAUGUUUCUGUUCAUGUAGACAAUUCAAGAGACCUUGGGAACAAAGUGACCUCAAUGACUUUCUUGGCUGGCAAAGCAGUAGAAGAUCUGUGCAGAAUCAAACAGGUUGACCUAGAUUCUAGGCACAUUGGUUGGGUAACAAGUGAACUUCCAGGUGGAGAUAACCACAUCGUAAAAAUUGAAUUAAAGGGCCCAGAGAACACAUUGAGAGUUCGACAAGUUAAAGUCCUGGGCUGGAAAGAUGGUGAAAGCACUAAAAUUGCUGGUCAGAUCUCAGCUAGUGUGGCUCAACAAAGAAACUGUGAAGCAGAGACUCUCCGAGUAUUCAGACUUAUUACUUCCCAGGUAUUUGGAAAACUUAUCUCAGGAGAUGCUGAACCUACACCAGAACAAGAGGAAAAAACACUUCUGUCUUCACCUGAAGGAGAGGAAAAAGUACACAAUGCGACAUCAGAUGCUGACCUGAAAGAACACAUGGUUGGAAUCAUAUUCAGUAGGAGUAAGCUAACAAAUUUACAAAAGCAGGUAUGUGCCCAUAUAGUUCAGGCCAUUAGAAUGGAAGCUACCCGAGUCCGUGAAGAGUGGGAACAUGCAAUUUCCAGCAAGGAGAAUGCUAAUUCUCAGCCCAAUGAUGAAGAUGCGUCCUCUGAUGCAUAUUGCUUUGAACUGCUCUCCAUGGUCCUAGCAUUGAGUGGGUCUAAUGUGGGCCGACAGUAUCUUGCUCAGCAACUAACUCUGCUUCAGGAUCUCUUUUCAUUGCUACAUACAGCCUCUCCUAGAGUGCAGAGACAGGUGACCUCUUUGCUAAGGCGGGUUUUGCCUGAAGUGACUCCUAAUCGCCUGGCCAGCAUCAUAGGUGUGAAGUCCCUUCCACCAGCUGAUAUUAGUGAUAUAAUUCAUUCAACAGAAAAAGGAGACUGGAAUAAACUAGGCAUCUUGGAUAUGUUCCUGGGAUGCAUAGCCAAAGCCCUCACAGUACAGUUAAAGGCCAAAGGAACUACCAUCACAGGAACAGCUGGCACUGCUGCAGGGAAAGGAGUUACAACAGUUACCCUUCCAAUGAUUUUCAAUUCCAGUUAUAUUCGACGAGGUGAAAGCCAUUGGUGGAUGAAGGGCUCAACUCCCACCCAGAUUUCAGAGAUCAUUAUUAAACUUAUAAAGGACAUGGCAGCAGGUCAUCUAUCUGAAGCAUGGUCCCGGGUUACCAAAAAUGCCAUUGCAGAAACCAUCAUUGCCUUGACAAAAAUGGAGGAAGAAUAUAGAUCUCCAGUGAGAUGUAUUGCAACAACCAGGCUUUGGCUUGCCCUGGCAUCACUUUGUGUUCUAGAUCAGGAUCACGUGGAUCGGCUCUCUUCAGGAAGAUGGAUGGGAAAGGAUGGACAGCAGAAACAAAUGCCUAUGUGUGAUAACCAUGAUGAUGGUGAAACUGCAGCAAUCAUCUUAUGCAAUGUGUGUGGAAAUCUCUGCACUGACUGUGACAGAUUCCUUCAUCUUCAUCGCCGAACCAAAACUCAUCAGAGACAGGUCUUCAAAGAAGAAGAAGAGGCUAUUAAGGUUGACCUUCAUGAGGGCUGUGGUAGAACCAAACUCUUCUGGUUAAUGGCACUAGCAGAUUCUAAAACCAUGAAGGCAAUGGUGGAAUUCAGAGAACAUACAGGUAAACCCACCACAAGUAGCUCCGAAGCAUGCCGUUUUUGUGGUUCCAGGAGCGGAACAGAGUUAUCUGCCGUUGGCAGUGUCUGUUCUGAUGCAGAUUGUCAGGAAUAUGCUAAAAUAGCCUGUAGCAAGACACAUCCUUGUGGCCAUCCAUGUGGAGGCGUCAAAAAUGAAGAACACUGUUUACCAUGUCUGCAUGGCUGCGAUAAAAAUGCCACAACGCUUAAGCAAGAUGCUGAUGACAUGUGUAUGAUAUGCUUCACUGAGGCACUUUCAGCAGCACCCGCUAUUCAGUUGGAUUGUAGUCACAUAUUCCACUUGCAAUGCUGCCGACGAGUUUUAGAAAACAGAUGGCUUGGGCCCCGGAUAACAUUUGGAUUUAUAUCUUGUCCUAUUUGCAAGAACAAAAUAAAUCAUACAGUAUUAAAAGACCUGCUUGAUCCAAUCAAAGAACUCUAUGAAGAUGUCAGGAGAAAGGCCUUAAUGAGAUUGGAAUAUGAAGGACUACACAAGAGUGAGGCAAUCACAACACCGGGCGUUAGAUUUUAUAAUGACCCUGCUGGUUAUGCCAUGAAUAGAUAUGCAUAUUAUGUCUGCUACAAAUGCAAGAAGGCAUAUUUUGGUGGUGAAGCUCGCUGUGAUGCUGAGGCUGGGCAAGGGGAUGAUUAUGAUCCCAGAGAGCUUAUUUGUGGAGCAUGUUCUGAUGUAUCCAGGGCUCAGAUGUGUCCCAAACAUGGUACAGACUUCUUAGAGUACAAAUGCCGCUACUGCUGCUCUGUGGCUGUAUUUUUCUGUUUUGGAACAACACAUUUUUGUAAUGCAUGUCAUGAUGAUUUUCAAAGAAUGACAAGCAUCCCCAAAGAAGAACUUCCUCACUGUCCUGCAGGUCCCAAAGGCAAACAAUUGGAAGGAACAGAAUGUCCACUACAUGUUGUCCAUCCACUUACUGGAGAAGAAUUUGCUCUGGGUUGUGGGGUUUGUAGAAAUGCUCACACAUUUUAGACCAUCUAAUUUUAUUUGCCCGAAAAAACAGCUGCCCUUGUCAGGAAGAGAAUACAGUGGACUCUAUACACUUCUCAGGAUGAGGAUGGGACCAUUUUAAAAUUAAAAAAAACAUUUACAGUGCAAGAAGGAUGCCAAAUACCGUGUACAUAAUUCUUGCUGUGAAAAAAAAAAUGCCUUUUUUUUUUUUGAACCAAGACAUCCACCUUGUGAGAUGUUUGCAUGUGGCCAUUACAGUCAUCGGCUAUGAAGCAUUGGAUAUAUAGAUAACUGAUAUAAAAGGAUCACCAUGCCCAUAGACUACAAAUGAUGCUGGCUGUCAGGCAAAGAAAAUUUUAAAAAAAUCAUUGGUUAUUGUAUACUGACUUUUUGUAAAACUGUACAAUUGUAACUGCAUCACGGGAGGGGGUAAAAAGAAGAAUAUUCUGGUUUAUUUCCUAGACUGUUAUAAAAAUUGUGUUUGGAAGGCAUAUUAAUGUAAUAAGCAUCAUACUGUAUAUAAAGAUAUCAAUGUUUGUCCUGUAUAAGAAUUACUAAAUUACAAAAGCAAUUUCAUUUAAACUUCUAGGUUAUGUUUGAGCCUGAAAUUUUAAUGAAGUGCAAUACUGAGUGUGCCUCAUAUCUUGCAGCUGUAAACAUAAUGGAAUGUACAUGUCAAUAAAGCCACUGUACAUUUUUAUACAGUGAUAAAGUCUUA